AUGUCCCACAGCACAGACGUCCCGCUUACCCUGUACACAAGGGUAGAAAUUGAGAAACCAUUGCGUACCCCUAAUCAGAACUAUUAUGUGUCCAAACCCCACAAUCCUCAUAUGCCUAGAGUUGGUAACAGUCAUCGCGGACGCUUCCCUAGUUAUUAUGUAGAAAAUGAACAUUAUAAUAAUGGGGAAAGUUCUCAUAGGAUGGAAUCAAAAAUCGCUCAAAAUCCUAAACCAGAAGUAGUUAAAACGGAGAAAGUUGACCAUAGUGCGAAUAAGCUGGGCACUACGAACAACAUGUUGAGUUUUUUCCAAGCGGUCAUGAUUAUCGUUCUUUUGAUGCGAUUAGGCAGGAAUACAUCCGAGAGACUCAGGAAGAAGCACGAAGCAAGGAAGAAACUAUUAAAAUUCCUGGCCAUAGAGAAUAGAAAAAUUGAACUUGAAGAUAACUGGAUGGCAGAUAAGUGGAAAAAGCUGGAGAGGACAAUAGAAUGGGAAAAGAAAAAAAUGGAGGAAAAAUGGAAAAAUGAAAGAGCAAAAGUCAAGGCAGAACUAGCCGAAGUUACGUGGAAAAACCCUAUGCCUGGUAUAGGCCCAUACUACGACAAAAACAAAAUGCAUGUUGACCAAAAAAUGCACCGUCUAAAUAUGAAUUAUGAGAAGGAUAAAUAUAAAAAAAAGAGGCGAUGGUGUUCUAUGAAAGCAGCCUAUUAUAAGGAACUCAAAAACAUACUUCAUAAUCAGGAGACCAGAAAAAAGAGGAAGUGCAAACAAAUGUUUCUGUUUGAAAGGAAAUGGAAUUUUGGACCCUCAACAAUUGAUGAGUACUUAGAACAAAAACAAAAGGAUUAUCAUACAGCUAAUUUGUAUUAUAAGCAAUCACAGUUACUAGGAAAAAAGGCAGAAGAGGAAAAAGCGGCAGCAGAGGCAAAAGCAGCAGAAGAGGCUAAAGAAAAAGAAGCGGCUAAGAAAAAAGAAAAGGAGGAAGAGGACGAUGAGGAAUAUGAAUACUAUGAUGAUGAACACUAUGAUGAUGAACACUAUGAUGAUGAACACUAUGAUCACUAUGAAGAUUAUGAGGAUGAUGUGGACUAUUACAUGAAUCCCGAUGAUGAAUAUUAA